GCAUACACCACCAGCACACCUUCAUCUACUUCUUCAUUCUCUUCACACUGUGAUCACAUACUUUCCCCACAGUGAGAGUGUCUGCAUUUUCUACCAUGUCUGACAUAGAGGAGGAGCAUGAGGAACAGGCUGGAGAAGAGGAACGCCCGAAAUACAAGCCAAUGCACUCUCAGCUGGGCGCCCCCAAAAUCCCAGAAGGGGAGCGAGUAGAUUUUGAUGACAUCCACAGGAAGCGGAUGGAGAAAGAUCUGCUGGAACUGCAGACUCUGAUAGAAGUUCACUUUGACCAGAGGAAGAGGGAAGAGGAGGAACUGAUCGCUCUGAAAGAAAGAAUUGAGAAUCGCAGGGCUGAGAGGGCAGAGCAGCAGAGGGUCAGAGCAGAGAAAGAGAGAGACCGGCAGACCAGGAUUGCGGAGGAGCGUCAGAGGAAGGAGGACGAAGAGGCGAAGAAGAGGGCCGAUGAUGAGGCUAAGAAGAAGAAAGUUCUGUCCAACAUGGGAGCACAUUUUGGAGGCUUUCUUGCUAAGGCGGAGCAGAGGAGAGGAGGAAAAAGACAAACAGGCAGAGAAAUAAAAAGGAAGACUCUGGCAGAGAGACAUAAACCUCUUGCUAUUGACAACCUGAGAGAGGAUGGACUGAGGGAGCGUGCCAGAGAGAUGUGGGAGUGGAUCUAUGAGCUGGAGUCAGAGAAGUUUGACCUGAUGGAGAAGAUGUGGAGGCAGAAAUAUGAGAUCAAAGUGCUUCUGAAUCGCAUCUCCCAUGCUCAAAAAUUUAAGAAGGGCACAGGAGGCAAGGGCAAAGUUGGAGGACGUUGGAAGUGAAUGCACACCAAAAUAUACAAAAUUUCAACACAAAAACAUACAAUAUUUUAUUCCAAUUUAAAUUUAGGGGGUUUUAAUGCAUGAAAUAGGUUGUGAGUAAAUAAUAGUGUGUUGCUAACUGUACAUUAUUUACCUUACCUAUACAUUAAAAUUCAGACAUUUAGCCAAAA